CCAGAGUGGACGGUCGCCUGAGCGCAGCUGGAUGUGUGUAACACGAUGCUGGAUGGGAUGAUCGAUUCCUGCUGGGAGAGGAGGCAACGCGCACCUUUACGCACGCAGGGCUUGGAGGAUGGACAGCGGACGCACCUUGUUCUGUCAUGACACGCUGAACCAGGCUCCCCCCGAACCUCUGGAGGACCAGCGGCCAUUCUUUUUUUCUCCUCUUGUUUUUGCAACAGCUGAGAAAAUAAAUUUAAAAUAAAUUUUAAAAAAAUGAGCGAAAACUGCAAACCACCCAAAGAGCAGGGUUCCGUGCAAACCCCUCCAACCGAUGUGAUCGAGCUGAACGUGGGUGGGCAGGUGUAUUACACGCGCCACGCCACCCUGGCGAGCUUUCCAAAUUCCCUCCUGGGGAAGCUGUUCUCCAACAAGAAAGGCUCCACGAACGACCUGACGCGCGACCUCAGAGGACGCUACUUCAUCGACAGGGAUGGGUUUUUGUUCCGGUAUGUGCUAGACUACCUCAGAGACAAGCAGGUGGUCCUCCCUGACCACUUCCCGGAGAGGGGGAGGUUGAAAAGAGAGGCGGAGUACUUCCAGCUGCCGGAUUUGGUCAAACUUUUGUCCGCGGACGAGUCCAAACUCUUCCCGGAUGAUGUGUGCUUCAGCGACCGGGACGACGAGUCCCAGGGCAGCGAGCAUAGGUUUUACGCGUCCCACUCCUUGGACAGGAGGUACGGCUACGUCACGGUGGCGUUCAGGGGCAGGGAAAGUCACGCGGACCCCAGCAGGGCCAAAAAGUUCCCGAGGAUCUUCAUCAGCAGCAGGAUCGGCCUGGCCAAGGAGGUGUUCGGGGACGCGCUGAACGAGAACAGGGAUGCGGACAGGCCGCCGGACCGCUACACCUGCAGGUUUCACCUGAAGUUCAAGCACCUGGAGAGGGCUUUCGACAUGCUGUCCGAGUGCGGCUUCCACAUCGUGGCCUGCAACACGUCCCUCACUGCGUCCGCCUCCGGGGGCCAUUACGCAGAGGACAGGGUCUGGUCCAAUUACGCACAGUACAUCUUCUACCGUGGGCCCUCACGGUGGUCCUCCUCCCACUGUGACUGCUGCUGCAAGAGCCACAAAAGUGAACGUGAGGGAGAGAGCGGCACCUCCUUCAAUGAUCUCUCAACUUCCUGCUCCGAGACCCAGUCAGAGGCCAGCUCCCCACAAGGAACUGUGAUCUGUGGCCCCGUGAGCCGACAGGCCAAGAUUCAGACGCUGGACCGUCCCGUGCCCAAAGGCCCAAUGCACAUGCUGCAUCAGGCCGAGAUGCGCCGCAAGACAGACAUGCUCCGUGUGAGAACCUUCGGCGUGCGUGAGCGAGAGGCCGCAAAGAGGAAAGCAAACAAGGAGAAGAUGACUCCAGAACAAGAGCUGGAGAAAUGCAUCCAGGACUUCCGUCGCAUCAGGAUUCCCGAUCGCUUCCCGGAGAGGAAGUACAUGUGGCAAUCGGAGCUCCUGAGGAAGUACCGUCUCUAAGUCUGAGUGGAAAAAGACAGGCAGAUGGUGCUGAACUUUCAUGUCACAGUCUGUAAAGAGCGUUGAAAUACAUAUGGCAAUACACCGCACACUCUAAGACACAAUCUGUAUCGAAAAGAAGAUACUGAAAUCCAAAGCACAUGCCGUACAAAGCGGAGGGAGUUGUUGAUUUAUAAAGUUUGCACAGUGUUAUGUACAAUAUGCACAUGUGUAAAUCAGAAAAAAGCUACAAACAGAGGCACAAUGCAGGUUAUAACAUCACUGACAACAAAACAACCUCAGGGGAACCAUCCUUCCAGUUCACCAACCUAUCACAUACUGUGUGUGCCGUAGCUGUUUUUCU